AAAAAUUUUUGAUUCGAACUUUUUCUUCCGCGAGAUUUAUUGUUUUGUGUUUUCUUUCAUUUAUUGUAAAGUAAAUAAAUAACAGCUCAAUCCCGAAAUUUAUCAUUCAUCAAUAUUUUUUAGGAAUAAAUAUACUUAAAUUACUUUAAAUAUGGAGAGUAUAUCUAGCCAACCAAAAAUUAUGAGCCGCCCUAGAACUGCAGGAGAUGGUAUGGAAGCCACCAAUAAAGGCGAAGCUUCUCAGUCUUAUGAAUUCAAAUGUAAACCAUCUUCCAAAGAAACUCUUCCAAUUGGGCGUUUAGUACAAGUUUAUCCUUCAAAUACAGUCAAAUUCGAAAAGAAAAACACUCACACUUACGCCAAAAAUCCGAAAUUUGUACCUUAUGAACCAUACCCAGGAGCUGUGAAACCAAUUAUUCCCCCAACUAUGGCUAAGGGCCUCAAAAAGACUGGAUCAAAAAAUAACAUGGAUAUUAAUACCCUGAUAACGCAAAUGUCACAAAUGGAUACCAAACUGAAUGAAUUUAAGCCAAGACCAAAGCUCAUCUCUGCAGGUGAUAAGAAUGUGGUUGAUGAUGAGAAGCCCUGCCAAGAAAAAGUUGAAAUGCAAAAGAAAAUUGAAAAUCUUAUAAGUGAAAAUGAGGCUCUAAAAGAACAACUCAAACAACAAGCUCAGGUCAAUAAAGAACUUAAGACUAUGUUAGUAGCGUCAAUGGGGGAAGAUCUGGAAACUCAAGUUAACUCGUUGAAUGAAGACAAAAAGCAUCUUGCCAAUGCCUUGAUAAACUCUGCUCAGCACUUGUCUACGCAUCAGGAACAAACUGAAUGGCUUGCGGGGCAGUGUGAAGUGUGGAGAAGCAAGUUUCUAGCCAGCAGCUUGAUGGUGGAAGAAUUGGCAAAUUGGAAGCGAGUUCUGAAUGAGAGGACCAACACGCUACAGCAGGCCAUCCAACAGCUGUUUGAUGAGAAACACAGAGCAAGAGAACUGCUCCUACACACAUACAGGAACUUAUACAGUCUCCAUGAGAAGUGGCUGCAAAAUGUUGCACUAUCCGACAAGAUGUUCAACCAGCCUUUGGGCAACUUCAACUUAACAGCAUCCAUGCCUCCAACAUCUAACAUUCUUGACUUGGCGUCAGUUACGUUGAAACUGUCAGAGAAUGUGACUAGUCAUGUGGAAAAACAAGACAUUAGUCAACUGUACACCCUUCCAGCGACCACAGAUGCAGAGAAAUAUGCAGAAAAUUUACUAGCUACGCCAAUAGAAGUGAAGAAGGUGAAUGAAGAGCCAGUGAACGCACUUGUACAUCACGCUUACAACAGCAGCGGCAGCACCGUGCGGCCCAUAGCCUCCUGUGUCCACUGCAAUGGGAGGGUGCAGCUGCUCUAAACUAAGUAUUAUUAAUUUAUUAGUUUACUAUUCAAGCAAUACUUAACGCCUUUAAUUGAAAAAUAUCUUUAGAUAUAGAAAUCUUCUGGAGGGUUAUUCUAGCUAUAUAAAAAACGAGCAUACAAGAGCUGAAUGCAACGAGGUAGAGAUAUAGUUAGCUUAGCAGUGCUUCAAAACAAAAAAAAAAGGUAAAGUAGAGAGUAACCCCCCGCUAUACAGGGUGUUGCAAAACUGGUAUACUAAGCCGAAAAGAUGUUCUCUUCAGAUUGGCCCCCUGACUAUCUCCCUUUCAGCUUAGUAUACCACUUUAACAACACCU